AUGUACAUAAGUGGCGGUUCUUCUUCCAUGGGAAGGUCUUUUAAGGAAUCUCUAAAAAUUCUUGAAGCUGAUAUUCAUCAUGCCAAUACCUUAGCAUCGGAUUUUCCUAGGGAAUAUGAUGGCGCGUGUCUUCAGAUGAGAAUGUCAUACAGUCCAGCAGCACACUUGUUUCUUUUUCUGGUACAAUGGACAGAUUGCAAUCUUGCUGGAGCCCUUGGACUAUUAAGAAUCCUAAUUUACAAGGUGUAUGUGGAUGGGACAACUAGUAUGUCAACCCAUGAGAGAAAAGCAAGUAUUAGGGAAUUCUACGCGAUCAUAUAUCCGUCUUUAAUACAACUUGAAAAAGGUGUCACUGAUGCGGAAGAUAAAAAACAGAAGGUUGUAUGUAUGGAGAGGUACCGUAGAAGAGAUGACGAGGAGCACAAACAAUCCUCAGACAUUGACCUUGAAAGAGAAGAAGAAUGUGGAAUAUGCAUGGAGAUGAAUAGUAAGAUUGUAUUGCCCAACUGCAACCAUGUCAUGUGCCUCAAAUGUUACCAUGAAUGGAGUGCAAGAUCACAGUCAUGCCCCUUUUGUCGUGACAGUCUUAAAAGAGUGAACUCGUGCGAUCUCUGGGUAUUCACCGAUAGUCGAGAUGUAGUUGACAUGGAAACGGUGACAAGGGAGAAUCUCAGAAGACUUUUCAUGUACAUAGAUAAGUUACCUUUGAUCAUUCCAGACUCCCUUUUCGACCCCUAUGAUUCUCACCUAAGAUAA